AGAGAAAAAGAUAAUUUUGGUUAUUUUAUUCAACAAAAAUGCGUAUAAAAAUCCCGGUGUGAAUAACAAUGAACCUUCACACCUGCUUCGUUUGAUGCAUUGCUGUCACAAAAGAGGUGGCUUUCUCAUUGAUUUCAUCUCCUCCAAGCCUUCCCCAAUUGCUCCUGUCCUUUUUGACCCGCGUUUUCUGCAAUAAAGCCCUCAAAUUUCAGCUCAAAUUCAGGAUAUUCUGAUCUGGAGUGGAUUUCUGUGUUGUUGAAUCAUUGAUUGAUAUUAAAGUUGAGGUUUUGAUUGGAAAUAGUUGUUGAAUUUUGUUGAAUUUGAGGUUUUUGAUUGUUUGGAGUUGAGAGAUGGGUUCGUGUUGUAGCAAAGGCACGACUUCUGAAGCCAAUGGGUAUAGGUAUCAGAGGCCGGAACCAUCACCACCGCCUCCACGGCCACCGCCACCAUCGCAGAGGCCAGCCAAGCCAUCAACACCUCCAUCCCACCACCAAACCCAUGCCCCUCCACCUGAAUCUAGAUAUGCACCUCCAUCUCCGUUGAAGUAUUCCACUCCCACCCCACCACCACCCAAACCUGAGUCUUAUUCUGAUACUAUUCUUGGUAAGGCCUUUGCUGAUGUUCGGAGCUUCUAUACACUUGGAAAGGAGCUUGGCAGGGGUCAGUUUGGUGUUACUUAUCUUUGCACUGAGAACGCUACUGGUCUUUCUUAUGCUUGCAAAUCGGUCUCCAAGCGCAAGCUUGUUAACAAGAAUGACAGGGAGGAUAUCAAGAGAGAGAUACAGAUCAUGCAACAUUUAACAGGGCAGGCUAACAUUGUUGAGUUUAAGGGAGCCUAUGAGGAUAAGCACUCUGUGCAUCUUGUGAUGGAGCUUUGUGCGGGCGGGGAAUUGUUUGAUAGGAUUAUUGCUAAGGGGCAUUACUCAGAGAGGGCAGCUGCCACUAUCUGUCGGGCAAUUGUCAAUGUUGUGCACAUUUGCAAUUUCAUGGGGGUGAUGCACAGGGACCUCAAGCCAGAGAACUUCUUGCUUGCGACGAAGGAUGAGGGAGCUAUGCUUAAGGCCACAGAUUUUGGGCUAUCAGUGUUCAUUGAAGAGGGUAAAGUGUAUAGAGAUAUAGUGGGGAGCGCUUAUUAUGUUGCUCCUGAAGUAUUGCGACGAAAUUAUGGGAAAGAAAUAGAUAUCUGGAGUGCUGGUGUGAUUUUGUAUAUCCUUCUCAGUGGUGUACCUCCUUUUUGGGCUGAGACGGAAAAAGGAAUAUUUGAUGCUAUCCUGCAAGGAGAAAUUGACUUUGAGACUGCGCCAUGGCCAAGCAUAUCAAACAGUGCCAAAGAUCUAGUUCGACGGAUGCUGACUCAGGAUCCAAAAAAACGAAUCACUGCUGCGCAAGUCCUUGAGCAUCCAUGGAUUAGAGAAGAUGGAAAUGCUUCCGAUAAACCUAUUGACAGUGCAGUUCUUUCGAGAAUGAAGCAGUUCAGAGCAAUGAACAAACUGAAGAAGAUGGCGCUGAUGGUUAUCGCUGAAAAUCUUUCUGAAGAUGAGAUUAAGGGGCUAAAACAAAUGUUCACAAAUAUGGAUACCGACAACAGCGGUACCAUCACAUAUGAAGAACUGAAAACAGGACUAGCCCGGCUUGGUUCAAAGCUAUCAGAAGCUGAAGUGAAGCAACUCAUGGAAGCUGUAAGAUAUUUCACCAAAACUCUACAGUAUCUCCGCUCGCACUUCUUUUCAUUGCCCCCUGAAUAUUUCCAUGCAUCAUUCUCUUUACAGGCUGAUGUAGAUGGGAAUGGCACCAUUGAUUACAUCGAAUUCAUCACCGCCACAAUGCACAGACACAAAUUAGAAAGAGAUGACCAUCUAUACAAAGCUUUUCAGUAUUUCGACAAGGAUAGCAGUGGCUAUAUCACAAGAGAUGAGUUGGAAUCAGCCAUGGAGAAAUACGGAAUGGGCGAUGCGGCUACAAUCAAAGAGAUUAUAUCAGAGGUCGACACAGAUAAUGAUGGAAGGAUCAAUUAUGAUGAAUUUUGUGCUAUGAUGAGAAGUGGAGCUCAACCUCCUGCUAAGCUUGUGUAGAUAGUACUCAAUCGAAAAUCGAUUCGAAAGAAGCUUAGCUCUUCAUUUGUCAUUUGACUUAUUUGCAUACAAACUUUGUGUGGUUUCAUGU